CUCCCAUUUUGCUUUUUCAUUCUCUCUCUCUCUCUCUCAAGAGACACCAAACAAUUUAGUUGAAGUUGCAGCAAUGGGUGUCUCCUUCCUCUCAUCUUUCUCUUCUCUGCUUCCACUUGUUGCUCACAAUUCACUUCCCACCACCAGAUACCAACCUCGUUCAGUGCCCAUUUGUUGUAGUAAAAUUACAGCCGAUGUUAGUGAUGGAGACCAGUUCCAUUCGAAACGGAGAGACAUUCUUAAAUGCUUCGGGGCCACUAUUGGUUUGGAAUUGAUAGGAAGCUCUGGAUCCCUUGUUGGGAUGGCUAAUGCUGCUGACUUGAUAGAACGCGGGCAGCGUUCUGAGUUUCAAUCUAAAAUUAAGACCACACUUUAUACAGCGAUCAAGGGAAAUCCUGAUCUUGUUCCAUCCUUACUAAAACUGGCUAUAAAUGAUGCUUUGACUUAUGAUAAGGCAACAAAAACAGGUGGCCCAAAUGGCUCUAUAAGGUUCAGCUCAGAAAUAAGUAGACCUGAAAAUGAGGGGCUCUCUGCUGCCUUAAAUUUAUUAGAGGAAGCAAAGAAGGAGAUAGAUUCCUAUUCCAAAGGUGGACCGAUUUCCUAUGCAGAUCUCAUCCAGUAUGCAGCACAAAGUGCUGUCAAGGCUACAUUUUUAGCUUCUGCCAUUCGCAAAUGUGGUGGAAAUGUGGAGAAAGGGAAUUUACUGUACACUGCAUAUGGAUCAAAUGGACAGUGGGCUUUGUUCGACAGGCAAUUUGGUAGGGCUGAUGCUCAAGACUCAGAUCCAGAGGGGAGAGUUCCAAUUUGGGAGAAAGCAAGUGUUCAGGAGAUGAAAGAUAAAUUUUCUUCUGUAGGCUUGGGUCCUCGCCAGUUGGCUGUGUUGUCUGCAUUCUUAGGUCCUGAUCAGACUGCAACUGAGACCUUAUUGGCUUCUGAUCCGGAUGUUGCUCCAUGGGUUCAAAAAUACCAGCGAAGCCGUGAAACCGUUUCUCAAACAGAUUAUGAGGUUGAUCUGAUAGCCGCUUUCACAAAAUUGAGUACCUUGGGCCAACAAAUCAACUAUGAAGCAUAUACAUAUCCUCGUAAAAAGAUCGACAUUACCAAACUCAAAUUGUAAACAUGCCAUCUUUACUUCCUCCCCUAGGACAUCAUACCCUUUAUUUCAAGUUUUUUUUGUUCAUCUUUUUGUUUUUCAACUGAAACUUUGAGCUUCCACGUAAUUGUCCAUGCCCAUGUAGUGAGAGAGCACCGUACCCUCUAGUGUAUCUAUUCUUAUUAUAACAUAUAAAUUUUGAAGCGCGUAAUGUGA